UGAUAGGGCUGGCGACCGCAGGCUUUGAGCGGGACACGGGAGGGCCAGGCUCCGCGGCCCGGAACGCGCGGGAAGGGCCCCGGGCUCGGGCGGAACGCCAGGGGAAGGCCGCUUCCGGCGCCCCGCCGAGGCCUCCGCCCCGCCACUUCCGGCGUCUCCGUUAGGAACCGGGUGGGCACGGGGCAGGGGCGAGGGUGCUGUCCAACUCCGGGUCGGCGCGGGAGGGUCUCGGACCCGAGCCCGGGAGGGACGUCGGGGCGGGACGACCCUGAGCCGCGCGGGGCGCAGCCAUGGAGCAGGACGAGCCGGGCGAGGCGAUGAGGGAGCUGCGCGAGCGGCGGCUGGGCGUGCUGGAGCUGCUGCAGGCGGCGGUGGGCUCGGGCCUGGCCGUCUACGCCGCGUGGGCGCUGCUGCUGCAGCCCGGCUUCCGCCGUGUGCCGCUGCGGCUACAGGUGCCCUAUGUCGGUGCGAGUGAGCGGCAGGUGGACCACGUGCUGUCGCUGCUGCGAGGUCGGCCGGGAAAGAUGGUGGACCUAGGCUCUGGCGAUGGCAGGAUCGUGCUGGCCGCCCACAGGUGCGGUCUCCGCCCGGCUGUGGGCUACGAGCUGAACCCGUGGCUAGUGGGGCUGGCUCGGCUGCAUGCCUGGAGGGCAGGCUGUGCCGGCAGCGUCUGCUACCGCCGUGAGGACCUCUGGAAGGUGAACCUGAGGGACUGCCACAACGUGUCAGUGUUCCUGGCCCCUAGCGUGCUCCCACUGCUGGAAGACAAGCUGCAGGCAGAGCUGCCCGAAGGGGCCCGAGUGGUGUCGGGGCGCUACCCGCUCCCCACGUGGCAGCCUGUGGCUGUGAUGGGUGAGGGUGUGGACCGCGUCUGGGCCUAUGAUGUCCGUAGUGGUGGGUCGGCCGGUCAGGCCUCCCCAGGACCCAGUUCUGCCUCAGUCCCUGGGGCCCCCAAUUCUCAGGCCGGCUGACCAUUUGGACAAAAUAAAGACUCGGUGGACUGUG